AUUUGCCUGCCCGCCCCUUUUAUUGCAUGUAAACUGAUGGUUGUUUGUUGUUGUUUUGUCAUUUCUUUAAAAACGUCGGACGUCAACACAAAAUGGAGUCAAAGGGACCUUCGCUUUAUGCUCAGGCAGGAACCUCUCUAGAUAUGUCACGUAGCCUUGAGGAGGACUCUUUGGUGGAUGGACCUCUGAUCUCUGCUGACGCCCUCCACUCUGCCAUCAGGAGACAGUUUCAGACUGUACCAACACCCUGCCAUGCUGGCCUGCUGUCUUUACUGCAUGUUGUGUACGUGGUAUUGUCAGUGUGCGUGGCAGUGCUGUGUGUGUUGAAAUUUGGCCAAGAGGAAGUGUGUGUGAAUAUUUUGAGUAAUGUGCGGGGUGACAGUGUGAUUUUGUUUGGGAAGGUGUGUUUAUGGGUGCUGGUUCUGUUGUUCACCGGGUGUGCGCAGCACCACCACAGCCGGGCCAGGAGCAGGGGGUACCUACGAUUCUACAGAGAGAUGCAAGGACUGAAGCACCUGCCGCUCACUGUUCACUCUGCAGGAAACGUUCUGCUGCUGGUUGUUCUGGCUGCACAGUUAUCACCGACUGUACACAUCUACAUGCUGCUCACCAUCCUGGGGAUCGAGCUCUUGGUAGCACUUCCCUGUCUGCUCUAUUACACAGUCAAGGUGAUGCAGUUCAACAGGGAGCGAGCUGCACCAGACGUGAGCCAAGAAGAGCAUUCACACACCUUCAGUGUCACGGGCCUGCCGACUGAGACCGGCUUCAGAGAGGGCUCCAGCCUGGAGGAGGUGGUGGAAAAGCAGGCCGACCUUAUAGAGUACCUGAAACAGCACAACACCCUGCUGAGCAAGAGGCUGCUCAACCUCACCGCCCAGCACUGACCACAGUCCGGCCUCCUCCUCCUCCUCCUCCUCCCCCCUGGGAACCAGCCACCACACGCUGGAGCUGGGAGCCAGAGCCCGAUCAUUGUGACACUCCGCUCUCAUAACACAAAGGAGAGGGCAGCUGUGUGUUUGAAGGAGAGGACUGAAGCUGGAAGAAACACUGGAUAAAAGACUAAAAGUAACUCUGUGCAUGCGAGCACCUGUGCGCACAGACUUAAGACGGGAGGGUUCGUCCUCACCUGAGAUGGACUGAUAACACAGGAGAAGGUGAGCUUUAAGUAGAGGACAGUUAAAGAAGUGGGAGGAGGAGGAGAGGGUCAUGGGUCACAGAUCAGAGGUGAGGGGUUUUUAUCACUGUCUUACGACCCCCAGUGACCCGUAUAUGCUGCCGCUUGUGGAGAGAAACAGAAACUUGUUUUAGAGAUCAUCUGCACUAAGGAGGAAAGAGCAGGAGAUUGAGGGGUGGGGGGCAUCACUUAUCAGGGUCAAACAACAGAAAGAGAUUUAGUAAUGCUGUAAAAUGUCUCAAAGUGCUAUUUUAUGUCUGAAUGUGUGUGUGUAAAUGCUUCAUUUGGUAUUGAGUUUGUGUAUUUGUGAUUCAAUUCCAAUAAAUCUUUAAUG